AUGAAUCUCGCCGGUGUCUUGGUCGUGGAAAUCCGGUUGAUUAAGAUGGAGAAAUAUACAGAAGGGCUCGUGUCUCUAGAGCUUCAUCAUUCUUCCUACACCAGUCUUGGACCACCCGCCAGAAGGAUGAUAAGGGAUACUGCCAAGUCAUUGAAUUGGCCCAAGACUAUUUUUCUCGUUGGUAUUCCUCUGGUUGCCCUCUUCAGUCUCCGUUGGGUUCCUCUACGGCGAGAGACUGUUUGGACUGGGGUCAUAUAUGCCUAUCUGCGAGCUCUGACUGUCACUGCAGGGUACCAUCGCCUCUGGGCACAUCGAUCCUACUCAGCAAGCACACUCCUCAAAUUGAUCUUUGCCAUCAUCGGUGCCGGUGCCGGUCAGGACUUGAUCAAAAAAUGGUGCCGAGAUCAUCGGGCUCAUCACCGAUAUGUGGACACCGACAAAGAUCCCUACAGCAUGUCCAAAGGGUUCUUCCAUGCCCAUAUUGGCUGGAUCCUGUUCGAGAAGAGUGAUCCCAUCCAUGGUGUUCUGACCACCGGUCGAGUGGACAUUAGCGAUCUGAAAGCCGAUCCGGUCGUCGUCUGGCAACGAAAACAUUACUUGACUCUCUUACUUGUGGCUGGGUAUCUCUUCCCAACGAUAUUGUGCGGGCUCUUCUUCGGAGACUACCUCGGCGGCUUUGUCUUUGCGGGCUGCAUUGCCACGGCGAUCGAGCAGCAGGGCACUUUCUGUGUCAACUCGGUGGCUCACUGGUAUGGUUCUCAACCUUAUGCCGCUGACAAGACGCCCCGAGACCAUCCGCUCACCGGUCUGUUGACUCUGGGGGAGGGCUACCACAACUUUCACCAUGAGUUCCCCAUCGACUAUCGAAAUGGAGUGCGCUGGUUUGACUUCGAUCCCACCAAGUGGGUGAUUUGGGUAUGUGCGCAGUUGGGUCUGGCCAGCAAUCUCCGACGCUUCCCUGAAAACGAGAUCCAAAAGGGGAGAAUCCAGCGCAAGCGACAAUGUCUAGAUCAGGAGAGCGAGCGGUUGAAUUGGGGGGUACCCCUCGAAGACCUUCCGGCCAUGGAAUGGGGUGAGUACCAGCAGCAGACUAGGACAGGGUGCAAUUUAGUGGUGAUUAGAGGUGUUGUACAUGAUGUCUCGGCGUUUGUGACCGAGCAUCCGGGGGGCGCAGCAAUGAUCACGGGCGCCAUUGGCAAGGAUGCAACGAGGUUGUUCGAAGGGCAGGUCUAUCGUCACUCAAAGGCCGCUUCUAACUUUUUGGAUACGAUGAGAAUUGCCGUGAUUAAGCCACGUAUCGAGGGAAAGUGA